AUGAAGCAGAAUAUUUAUUUUGGAUAUAUAUGCUGGAAAAUCUCCAGCAGAAUUGAAAUCAAAAAUCCUUUUCACGACUUAACAGUGUGUUUAUUUGUUGAGUGUGUGGAUAUAAUUGCUAAUUGGGAUACUCAGAGAUUCAGGGAUAUAGCACAUCGUUUCUCAGCAAGCUUUCUAUAUAGCACCACGGCCUUUUUUGUUCUUACACAAAUGCUUUACGUGGUUCCCCAGGUUUAUGAUACCAGCGGAGUAAUGUAUAAACUUGGCUGUUUAACAACUGUCUUCAUUACCUACAAUAUCUUGGCUAAUAUGAGUGCCUGUAAGCGAACGGACACCAGCGUAUGGAGUUUGCCCUGGGAUCAACUAUGUCCGUCUCCUGAAGACGAGUCCUUGUGGCGUUAUUGUGAUUCCUGUGAGAGACUUAUGCCACCAAGAUCCUGGCACUGCAAGGUGUGUAAAUGUUGCAUUCUGAAGCGGAGUCACCACUGCAUUUUCACUGCCAACUGUGUGGGUCAUAAUAAUCAGCGUUACUUUUUUUGGUUUACUUUCUACAUGACCUUGGGUCUUCUCUUGUCCCUGGGCAAUACCAUUAUUUUUAUGCUGAAGAAUUUCGAUUACUUUUAUAUGAUAACUUGGCUUUGGCCUGUGGCCAUCUACCUGGACGAGUUUGCCAGUGGUCCCAGUCCUCCCAACUGGCUCGGUUUGACUAUAAUGUUCAAUGCCUACAUUCUCCUGCCUCCUCUGGUGAUGUUCAUGUUUCAAAUGGUGUCCAUUUGGAGGAACACUGUAAUCUUUGACCUGAACAACGACUCCUACAAUCUUGGGCUACGGGAGAAUUUCAGAUCGAUUGUGGGUCAAAAAGGUCUCUGGACCUUUCUUUCGCCGAGAUUAAAGAGUCCCUUGCCCCAUGAUGGUACUCAGUGUCCGGAGAAGAAAUAA